AGAUUCAGCACAGCUGCACCGCCGGGCUGUGAGCGGCUGCAAUUGAGAACCCAAGACCAAGGGAGCUCGGGAGCGAGCGGCAGUCGCUUGCCCCGCGCCUCCCCUUCGCACAGCUGCGCGCCCCGCUCGCUUCUCUACCCCUCCCCGCUCGCCCAGGCUCCGGCUUUGCCACAGUCCCGAGCUCUGGGGUGGCGCAGGCAGCUUCGGGACUCUUCGGCGCGCCACCGCGUCUCCAGACAAAGGCUUGGCCGGCGGCCCCAGCCCGCUGCGCCCUCGGCUCACCGCCUCCCGGGCUCGCCGCUCUUCGCCCCCGCUCUCGGCUCGGCGCGCCCCGGCCGGCUGCAAAGUUUCCCAGCGGCUGCUGCGCCUCGCGUCAGCGAUGGCCGCGGAGCUGAGCAUGGGGCCCGAGCUGCCCACCAGCCCGCUGGCCAUGGAGUAUGUUAACGACUUCGACCUGCUCAAGUUCGAUGUAAAGAAGGAGCCUCUGGGGCGCGCGGAGCGCCCGGGCCGGCCCUGCACGCGCCUGCAGCCCGCCGGCUCGGUGUCGUCCACCCCGCUCAGCACGCCCUGCAGCUCGGUGCCCUCGUCGCCCAGCUUCAGCCCGACCGAACAGAAGACCCACCUGGAGGACCUGUACUGGAUGGCGAGCACCUACCAGCAGAUGAACCCGGAGGCGCUCAACCUGACGCCCGAGGACGCGGUGGAGGCGCUCAUCGGCUCGCACCCUGUGCCACAGCCCUUGCAGAGUUUCGACGGCUUCCGCGGUGCGCACCACCACCAUCAUCACCACCACCCACACCCACAUCAUGGGUACCCGGGCGCCGGCGUGACCCACGAAGAGCUGGGCCCACACGCUCACCAGCACCAUCACCACCAUCACCAAGCGUCGCCGCCGCCGUCCAAUGCUGCUAGCCCCACGCAGCAGCUGCCCACCAGCCACCCCGGGCCUGGGCCGCACGCGGCAGCCGCGGCGACGGCGUCUGGUGGUAGCGGCAGCGUAGAGGACCGCUUCUCCGACGACCAGCUCGUGUCCAUGUCCGUGCGCGAGCUGAACCGCCAUCUGCGGGGCUUCACCAAGGACGAGGUGAUCCGCCUGAAACAGAAGCGGCGGACCCUGAAGAACCGGGGCUACGCCCAGUCGUGCAGGUAUAAACGCGUCCAGCAGAAACACCACCUGGAGAAUGAGAAGACGCAGCUCAUUCAGCAGGUGGAGCAGCUUAAGCAGGAGGUGUCCCGGCUGGCCCGCGAAAGAGACGCCUACAAGGUCAAGUGCGAGAAACUCGCCAACUCCGGCUUCAGGGAGGCGGGCUCCACCAGCGACAGCCCCUCCUCUCCCGAGUUCUUUCUGUGAGUCGUGGCCAUCCCGGCCCCUGCCCUUGCCCGGCCCGGACUCCCCGCACCCAGUUCCCAGCCCCAGACUCCCCUGGACCCUGUCCCUGCCACAGCCACAGCCUUGACCUGUUUGACUUGAGGGAGAGGGAGGAAGGGCGCGCAGGACGCGGGCGACGGGAGGGCGCGCGGGCAGGCAGGGGACCUUGGCCAAGGCGAGAACGGCGCGCGCCAGCGCUGCCUCCUAGACUGGAGCAGAGCCAGAGAGAGACGAGGGGGUGGGGAGUCCCGGAGCAACUUUUCUUCAGGCUGGAGGGCUACGAGGCAUAGUCCUGAGGAGUCGCCACGGGCCGUCAGGAGACUCCUGGCUUUCUGAACUUUGUGCGUUAAGCCGGGGCCGCUACCUCACGGCCAGGAAGAGAGCAGCGAGGAGAGAGGGACCCUGGCUUCCUGGCAGGCGCGAGGCGAGGAAGGAAAGACAGACGGACCUGUCUGCCCAGGGUCCGGAGAACACUGGCUCUCAGCCCCGAGACGCGGGCCUCAGUUAGAACAUUCUGCGCGCAAAGAUCAUCAGUUUUAUUGCCUGCUCGAUUAUAUAGAAAAAUACGAAAAUCUGCAUUAAAAAUAUUAAUCCUGCAUGCUGGACAUGUAUGGUAAUAAUUUCUAUUUUGUACCAUUUUCUUGUUUAACUUUAGCAUGUUGUUGAUCAUGGAUCAUAACCCCUUGUUUCUUUGAGUGAGAAGGGAACGCAGUUUGGAAACUCCGGUGGCUGCUUGCCGGGUGUCAGUCCCGGCUGUCGGCUUGUAAAUACCCGCCUGCCAAACCGCUUAGAGAACGUGGCAGCAAACUGAGUGUCGUCUUUGUUUGGGUUUAUUAUUAUGGCAUUUUUUUUUGUAAGUAAAAAAAAAAGUUGUGGGCAUUGUGCAUCAGAAAACAACUUUGUCUUGGGCACUUUUGAAAGUUGCUUGUUUUCUCCGCUCCCCUGCCGGCACUGGGUCCUCUUUUCCCUUCCGCUUUAGUUUUCCAUUUUGUUGGUUUUGAGAGAAAGAGGACUGGGGUCCCAGAACCCCAGGACCAGGACAGGGCAGCUGCAGAGUUUCAAACCCCAAGUGGAAGGUCCUUGCUUCCACUUUGUAUUUUAUGGCUAAACGGACACCCCUAACAUGAAGGAAAGGAAAACAUCGUGUUUGCUUUUUUAAUUGCAAUCAGAACCACCCUGGGGGUCCCUUCACAACCCUCCAGGCCGCUACUAAUUGCUGGAGCCGCUGUGCCCCUAGGGAGACUGGCUUCACCAGCUGGACACUGCCCAAUGGUGACCUGAACUUGUGUUAAACCAACGUCCACACUCAGAAAGUACUGGAAACCCAAACACUGGCAAGUAAUUUUGCAACUUUCACACGUUAUGUGUGUUUCUUUCCCUGCUUUUGCGCUAUCAGGCAGAGUUAUUGGUGGUGUUCCCCCCACCCCCUUCAGUUGUAUAGUAGUUAUAGGGAAGAUCUGGGUGUUUUUCUUUAUUAUUACAUUUUUUCCUGCAGGUCAGUAAAAGGAUUUAAGUUGCACUGACAAAAAUACCAAAACGAAAGUGUAUUUUUUAGUUCCCAUUUGAAAUUGCUGGCGCUGCUGGCCGGAUGCAUUUUUGAGUUUGUAUUAGUUGAUAAAUUAACAGUAAUAACAAGAUUGUAUGAACCGCAUGGUGCUUGCAGUUUUAAAUAUUGUGGAUAUUCGUCCUGCAUCAGAAACGAGCUUUAGUUUUUACAGAUUCAACUGUGUUGAAAUCAAAUUUGCCGCAACAGAAAUUGUUUUUAUUUCAUGUAAAAUAAGGGAUCAAUUUCAAACCCUGCUUAUGAUAUGAAAAUAUUAAAACCUAGUCUAUUGUAGUUUUAUUCAGACUGGUUUCUGUUUUUUGGUUAUUAAAAUGGUUUCCUAUUUUGCUUAUUAAAAGCACGGAAAUGGU